GUUUGUACUUUUCUUGUCAAAUAUCAGCUGUUUUCUGUUUUUGUUUUUUGGUGUAUUUAAUAAUUUUAGUUUAAAAAUGAACGAAGAAAUAGAUGAAAGCGAGUUUUAUCACCAAGAUUUUACCACUGCCUCAGAAUGGGAAGUUUUCAUGGCUCGUAUCGAAGAAAUAAUAAACCAGUGGAGAGUGGACGACAAAAGAAACGAUAGUGUUACUGAUGUGGAGAGCAUAUGGGAUAUAAAAACAGAAAAAUUGAAUUUUGCUGAAGAACAGUUUUAUUUGUACUUGUAUUCUAAACGAAUUAAUGAAGAUGCAGCUUUAGAUGAUAAAGGGCCAAAAAAUCCUAUUGAUACUUUACAUGAUUUCGAACUGUAUGAUGAAAACCACAUUGAAUACCACUCUUGCCUAUCGACAUGGUAUGGUUUAGAUAAAUUCAUUGUAUUAUCACCAGUCAGUAACAACGGUAUUGUCAACGAAAGCAAGAUUAAAGUUCUUCUAAGUUCCAUUUAUGUAGUGGAGGGAAAUUUAGUGACAUCGGAAAACUCUAUCCCAUUAUUUGUGCAGAUACGGGAAAAAUGGCAAAGAUUGUAUUUAGGCGUGUUUGCCAGCGAUGUGAUAAGGACUAACUUUGAAAUGGUGCAUUUAAAAAAAGGUUUGCCUUACUGUAAUUAUUUAUCCGGUUUACUCGACUUGUUCAAAACGAAAAUUGCUUCUCCAUGUGUCCUCGAAAAUAUUAUAGUAUCAGCCCAGCUAACUUACACUCUAACAGAAUUCGGUGGAUUCGUGUGGAAACAAGAUUUAUUACAACAGAAUUAUGACAUCGAGUCUCUAUUUUUACUGCCAUUUGGUGUAACCGUUGAUCCAAUUAGUUCGAUAAUAUUAAAAGCCACAUGGAAUCAUUUACCGGAUAAUUUGGUGCUCGAUAGCGAAAACUACACCGAUUUUGAUCCGACUGCAGCUAUGAAUUGGUCGUUGUUGAUAAAUUCCACCAACAAUCCCGUCUGUCUUAUGGCUGAUGCUAUGACCGAGUUCUUGCAGAAUCUCACCAACACCUCAACAAUUUACGAUAUACUAGGCGAUUUUGCUACACUACCCAGCUCUGAAAACAAUCCACUUGAUCUCUUAACCGAGCCUGCCGUGCCCGCUAUUUCACGACUGUUGACGAGGACAGCCAGACAAUCGUUGACUAGGAAUAAGCGAAGCAAUCCUCCGUUAUCUGAAACUAUGCUAGUACCCAUGUUGUACUUUUUGUUCCCGGAUGCAGAUGAAAAAUCAAGUUUCCCUUAUGGAAGAGAAGAAAGAGAACAUACGGAAAGCCUUUCGCAGGCACAAUUCAAGAAUCUCGACGAAGAAUUUAAGGGAUUCAAAACGUGCAGUUCGGAUUCUCUCAUUUGGAGAUUGUCAAUUAUAUUGUCGCAUUGUCUGCAGAGUUUGGGUGGUUUACGAGCGUUUGCACAUGUGUGGUACGAAUUCGUUCAAGAGAUGAGGUACCGAUGGGAGAAAUCGAUGCCUAUUCCUGGAUUAUCACCGGGUUUGCCGGACCUUCGGACAUGCCUUCUCAACCAAAAACUGCAAAUGCUCAAUUGCUGCAUCGAUCGCAAAAUCGCCAGAGAAAAUGCGCUUGUCAAUUUCGAUUCCGCCGAAAAUUCCUCCACCGACGAUGAAGAAUUCUUCGAUUGUUCAGAAAAGAUCGUUGAAGAGAAAGCCAAGGAGAAACUCUCUUUGUGGAACCAACCCGUAGGAAGGCUGAGCAAAUUCGGCAAUUUGAAGCUCAUCAAAACCGGCGAUCCCCUCUACAUUCCCGUAACCCAAGAGCCUGUUUUAAAAACCGAAGACCAGCUAGAAGAAGACACCGAUGUCUUGCUACAGCUUGGCUCCAACGCCGAAGCAAUGGAGCUCAGGGCCAGAAUAAUGAGCGCCUCUCUAUUAUCCGACAUGGAGUCCUUCAAAGCCGCCAAUCCGGGCUCCGCCAUCGAAGACUUCAUUCGCUGGUACUCUCCUCGAGACUGGAUCGAGGACGAGGAUAAACUAGACGAGUGGGGUCAAAAGGCCGGCCAUUUGAGUCCCAGGAUGCUCAUCGAAGAUAACAUUUGGUCGGAAAUGUGGCUGUCCGCCAAGCCCGUUCCUGCCCAUAGACAAAAGAGGCUGUUUGAUGACACCAGAGAAGCGGAGAAAGUGCUGCAAUUUCUGGAUUUAAGAAGUGUAUCACAGAUCUGCGAGCUGGUGAUUCCGGUGCUGUCCCACGCCGCCAUCUACAGGCUGAUGGAGGAAUGCGAAUCGCUGGCCUCCGAUCUCGCAGAGUUUCCUGCGAAACUAUCAAAUCUGAUUCGCAAAGGCGAAGUCCUCACGCGGGAAUCCAAGCCGCAGCCGCGUCGCUUCGAAGGGCUCAUCCACGAAGCGUCCGCUCUCGAGAUGCUCGUGUCCCAAAUGAACUCCCUGCACUACAAGCUCAACCCGUCCAGGAGCGCCAACGGGGAAAUCAACGAUGUGGUGGUUGCAUUGGCGAUGGGCAAGGAGGUCCGAGUGGAGAACAAGAGCAAGUCGGAUAUCGGAAAUAGGAUCGUAUCGAUGUUCGGGGAGGCGCAGAGGAUGUCCAGUCUGAUGGCUGGGGAGCAAUUCGACGAGGCCGGUAGGGGUACGGUUAAUAACGCGUUUCCUGUACCUACGGCUAAGGAGUUCGUUUUGCGAACGAAUGCCGUGAAACCGGCUGUAUAUUCGGCGAAAUGUCCGCAAUUUAUGCGGGCUAUAUUGAGCAAGGAGGAAUUCAGAUUGUGCGGCGCUUGGUCAGAGGAUACGGUGUUCUUUUAAAGGCAUUUAUGUAUUUAAGUCAGCGGAAUUUUCUCUAAAUUGGAAUUUGUAUAUGCAGACAAUACAAGAAUUAGAAUUUUGACAAAGGCCACUUGUUGUAGUAAUUAUAAAGUAUAUUUGCGCAGUCGUAAAGACGUGCCUUUGUUGAAACAAACCUAAUAUUGCAUAUAUUUUAACAAUUAAAUUUCCUUGUUAUUUGGCAUAUCAUUUAAAUAUAAACUAUAACAUUAGUAUCUGGUAGUUUAGCCGUAGAGAUACAGCUCUCUUAUGAAGUAUAUGCUACAAAAUCAAAAGUAAAAUGAGCUUUAAAAUGCAGUGGGCAUCUUUUGUAGGUGCCCUAUAAAGCUCUACGGAAAAUUGUAGAAAUGUUACAGAAUUCAAAAAUUACCGCUUUACGAACUUGUUGCAACAGUAAAACAUUCUUAUUUCACUCUUCAUUAAUAUAGUGGUCAAUUUUUUAAAACAAUACAUAUUUAUACAUAACAUUGUUACAUUUUGCAUGUAAUUAAAAAUUGCAAAUUUUAGAUUGUUGUAUAAUAAUGAUAGAUUUGUUUU